CUAAGUCUAAGUAGUCUAGCUAAGUAAAAAAAUAAUUCUGAAAUUUUAUUAUAAUAAUAGUAGGCCUAUUUGUUUAGUUCUUACUGAAUCGUACUUAAAUUGCUGAUAUUAAAGUUGUUUUAUUUUAUUUUUUCAGAUUAUUAACUUUGAAAAAAAUGAGAAAUUAAAAAAGAAUAUCUGAACGCCAAACUUGGAAUGAAACCGAAAUGCAGCAGGCCGUACUGUCUGUGAUCAAUGGUGAUCAUGGGUAUAAAAAGGCAGCUGCAAUGUAUGGUGUGCCACAGACAACCCUCGAACGCAGAGUGGCUAAAUUUAAGAAAAAUCCUGAUAUUGAGGAUGCUUGCAAAAAGACGCUAGGCGCAUUCAAAACUAUCUUUACAUUGGAAGAGGAGGCAGAACUUGUUCAGUAUGUUCAGCAGAUGGAGAAAAUGCUUUUUAGCCUAACCUCCUAUGAGCUGAGAAAACUUGCCUUUGAACUAGCUGAAAAAAAUAAAAAGGCUCAUAAACUUAAUAAAGAGUUGGGGGUGGCCGGUUACGACUGGUAUCAGGGUUUUAUGUUGAGACAUGCCAAUUAUUUGUCACUGAGAAAGCCUGAAGCGACAUCUGAAGCAAGAGCAAUGGGCUUUAAUAAAGUAGCCGUUAAUAAAUUUUUCGAGCUUGUUGAGAAUGUCAUUGACAUAAAUAAAACUGAUGUUGAAAGAGUAUGGAACGUCGAUGAAACAGGAAUUUCUACUGUCCCUAAGUCGCUGUCAAAAGUUAUUUCCACAAAAGGAAAAGAGCAAGUUGGCUCUCUUACAUCUGCAGAAAGGGGUCAACUUGUUACAGCAGUAGUUUGCUGUUCAGCAAGUGGGAGAUACAUGCCACCUAUGUUAAUCUUUCCCCGUCAGCGCAUGAAGGCAGAGUUGAUGGAUGGAGAACCUCCUGGUGCUUGGGCAGAAUGCCACCCAAGUGGAUGGAUCCAGACUGAUUUAUUUAUAAAUUGGUUAAAGAAAUUUAUAUUACACACAGGAGCCACAAAAGAUUCACCAGUUCUUUUAAUAUUAGAUGGACAUGCGACACACACUAAAAGCAUAGAGCUUAUUGACAUUGCCAGAGAGAAUGGUGUCAUUCUCCUUUGUUUGCCUCCACACUGCACUCGCAAAAUGCAACCUCUUGACAUUUCGUUUAUGAAACCUCUGAGUACAUUUUAUGACCAUAAUUUAAGGAAAUGGUUAAGAACAAAUCCUGGGCGUGUGGUAACGCAAUUUCAAAUUGCAUCACUGUUUGGUGCGUCGUAUCUUGAUGCUGCUACCAUGACUAAUGCAAUCAAUGGAUUUAAAAAAGCAGGUAUUUGGCCAGUGGAUUGGUCAGUAUUUACGGAUGCUGAUUUCAUAGCAGCGGAAGUAACAGACAUGAGCAUUAUUACUGAGGAUACUGAAAGUUUUGUUACCACGGAUUCAGCCCUUCCACUGUCUCUGCUCCUGCCACUAAACCUUCAGAUAGCACAUCAACCACUGAACCUUCCACUUCAUUUACCGGUAGCACAUCCGCCACUGAACCUUCAACUUCAUGUAGGCCUAGCACAUCAACCACUGUACCUUCAAGCUUUGCAAUCUUGCCACGUCAUUUGCGGCCCAAUACAAAACAGGCCCAAAAAAAAACGUAUUUCUAAACAAAGAGGAAAAACAGCUAUUUUGACUUCUUCGCCUUAUAAAAGAUCAUUAAUGGAAGCCAAAGAAAAAAAGAAUCCAAAGAAAAACAAAUCUGUCAAAAAAUCAAAUGAAGACACACCAUGCCUCUAUUGUGAGGAUCUUUAUUCCAGCAGCACAGAGAGUUGGGUCUCAUGUACUGAGUGCCACAGAUGGGCCCAUUAUUCUUGUGCAGGCAUUGAUGAAAGAAACAAAAAACCUUACUUACUAAACCUUCAGGCGACCUAAUUUUUUUUAAAACACUCAUUGUGGUGAUUCACGAACUAUUGCAUCACUUGGUGGUAUUGCACAAGAACUUUCACAUGAUCAUAAACCUAAUGACGAAGGUCACAAAAAAGUGUUAUGUUUUGAGAAUAAAAAUAUUGUUUAGGACAUGAAAUGUUUUUUAAUAUUUUAAGUUCUAGUUCCA